AUGACCAACAUACCAGAAUCAGACAGCGUUGUGCGUGUUAAACUUAUUGACACAACGACCGCGAUGGUCGGCACGGCCGAGUCGUUUGUGCAGCCGGUAAUGCCAGGCCACGAAGUCAUAAACUUCUGCUCCUUAGCUUUCCUUGUCGAAAACGAGAAACUCGGCAAGAAAGCCAUGUUUGAUCUCGGUGUCCGCAAAGACUAUUGGAAUCUGCCGAAAGCCGCUCAGCAAGGGGUCUUGGGUCCCGAAAGCGUCAUCUUCGGGAUCAGGGUCGAAAAGGGAAUCGACGAGAUCUUGCAAGAUGGAGGCGUUGAGCCCGAGAGUAUCGAUUUCUGCAUCUGGUCUCAUGCACAUUUUGACCACAGAGGAGAUGUUUCCGUUUUCCCAAAGUCGACAACCUUAGUCACAGGCCCGGGAUACUUCUCGUCGAAGGGACGACCGGGGGGGCCAGACGACCCUCAGGCAGUCUCUGAGUUCGAAGGCCGGUUACUGAGAGAGGCAGAUUUUGGCGGCGGGCUCAUGGUGGGCAAGUUCAAAGCACAAGACUUUUUUGGCGACGGUUCUCUCUACCUCCUCGAAGCCCCUGGGCACCAACCAGAACACAUCUGCGCCCUUGCGAGAACCAAACCCUCAUCGGCUUCCGGCGGAGCAACUUUUGUGUUCCUCGGCGGCGAUAUCUGCCACUUCACAGGUGUCUUUCGCCCAACCAAAGACACUCCGUUUCCAGAAGGUAUCCCGGCUUCGGCUAUUACGAGACGCUUGGACUGGUCCUCAAAGGCAGCUUGUCCUUGCUCGCACUUUACGCCACAUCAUCCAAACGCGGAAGACGGGAACUCAGCUCGUACUACGCCGUGGUACCAGCUCCCCCGCCACGCAAAGCAUCCAGUCUACACGGACCUCAGUCUGGCGAUAGAUUCGGUGUCAAAGAUGAGGGAAUUAGAUGUCAAGGACAACGUCAUGGUUUGCAUUGCUCACGAUGCAAGUCUGCUAGAUGUUCUCCCCGUCUUCAACAAGCAGCCCAAUGAAGACAUCAAUGAGUGGAAAGCCGAGGGUUGGAAGUCAACUACGUACUGGAGUUGGCUCAACGAGGUUUCCGUAGAGGGUAAGACGCCUCGACCACCUGUUGUAGAAGGGUUCUGGAGAGAUGGCAAGAAGUGGGACUACGCUGCUUAUCUGGAAAGCCUCAACUGA